AUGGUUAUUAACGAAACACUUAGAAUGUAUCCACCUAUACUUAGAUUUGAUCGAGUCACAGCUGCUCCAUAUGAACUUGAUGGUUAUCAUUUACCAUCUGGUAUGGCCAGAACGGUAGGACAUGAGUGUGUGUCAGCAAAGUGCAUAGCUUUCUUCGAAAGAUUUUCGUUAUCAGAAAAAGCCAGGCAUCAUCCAUUACAAUUUCUACCAUUUGGUGACGGACCAAGAAACUGCAUUGGAAUGCGAUUUGCAUUACAAGAAGUAAAAAUAGCGAUAGUCAAUGCUUUACGUACUGUUGCGAUUGAGCGUUGUGAAAAAACCGAGGUACCGGUGAAACUAACGAAAAGUCCAUCAUUAGGACCGCAAAAUGGCAUUUGGAUCCGUGUGGCAAAACGAUAA